GUAUUGUUAGUUUGAAGAUUAUUAUUAUUAAAGGAUGCAUUUUGAAGUAUUUGGAAUGAAGUGGUUUGAUGAAGACAACUUAAAAAAAUGUUUUUCAGUAUGUAUAGGCGGGUAAGGCAAACAAAAGUAUUACUGAGUACAGAAGGAGGAUACAGGCAUUCAUUGUACUAUCCUCUGUACGUUUGAUGUUAACAAAAUAAAACGUUUGGGGCAAAGUUAUCAGGGCCGUCUACAGAUUAAUGCUUUGUAGCUUCAGGCUGCCGGGUGCACGCCUCGUUGACGUGCCCUUGCCCAGCCUCCGGAUGCCCCGUUACCUGGGGCUCAGGGCCACAGCCCACCUGCAGUCCCUCGAGGCGCUUUUGCUCCUAUCACUGGUCAGGAGUAAUAUUGGACACCCAACGAGAAGAGAGCACCUCCGAGAUUCCUAGAGAGGCUGGCCUGGCGACUUGGGGAGCCGGAAGCCCAUCCCCAGGCACUUCCUGUCCGGUCAUUGUUCUCGCGCCGGUAGGCGCCGGGGUCCUUGCCGCCCGCCGUGUUCCAGAGCCGGCGAGCUCCGGCCGGGCCUCUCCGCAGCGCACGUAGACAUUACUUACGCUGGCCCUGGAAGGAACUCAAGAAGAAGCUUUUGAGAUUUAAAGAUUAGAUGGGGCUUGACCUCUGCUGGGAAACCCCCAGCUAUAGGAGUUCCCCUGCUGAGCAGAGAAGAUGACUGCAGAAUUGAGAGAGGCCAUGGCCCUGGCCCCUUGGGGCCCAGUGACAGUGAAAAAGGAAGAAGAGGAGGAAACCUUCGUGGAUCAGGCAUCCAGCCAGCAAGGGCACUCUGAGAAUAUCAAAGUCUGGGCUCCUGAGGAGGGUCCUCAGACAGGCCUUGAUGUAUCAGAACAGGACGAAAAGGGUCAGAACAUGUUCUGGGACAUGGCUGUGGUCCUGAAACCAGUGCAGGAGGCACCUGCUGCUUCAGCCGCGGGCAGCUUCCCAUUACCCGGGACUCUGGCCAAGAGCGAGCUGCUGGAGACUCAUGGGAACAUGACCUAUCUAGCUGCUGAAACCAAGAACCCACAGUUACUGGUUCCAAAAACCGAGAUAUGUGAUGAAGCAGAAAAACCCUUCAUAAUACCAGGAAGAAUCCAGAAAGUCGAGCUUCAAGGACCUGAGUUAGGAGAAGCCUGCGAAAAAGGGAACACGUUAAAGAGGCAGAGAAUAAAGAGGGAAAAGAAAGAUUUCAGACAAGUGGCAGUGAAGGACUGUCAAGUACCUGAAAACAUCAAAGAAGAGGAAGACCAGAAAUGUCACAGAUCUGAGGAGAGUUACAGCCCUAGUUCUGGCUCGGUUAAGAACCAGAAAAGCCAGCCUGGGCAGAAGCCUUUCACAUGUAGCGUGUGUGGGAAAGGCUUUAGUCAGAGCGCAAACCUCGUAGUGCAUCAGCGAAUCCACACAGGGGAGAAACCCUUCGAAUGUCACGAGUGUGGAAAGGCCUUCAUCCAGAGCGCAAACCUGGUCGUGCACCAGCGAAUCCACACAGGACAGAAACCUUACGUUUGUGCCAAAUGUGGGAAAGCCUUCACUCAGAGUUCAAAUCUGACUGUACAUCAAAAAAUCCACUCCUUAGAAAAGAACUUCAAGUGCAGUGAAUGCGAGAAAGCCUUCAGUUACAGCUCACAGCUUGCUCGGCACCAGAAAGUCCACAUUACUGAAAAAUGCUACGAAUGUAACGAGUGUGGGAAAACGUUCACUCGGAGCUCCAACCUCAUCGUCCACCAGAGGAUCCACACAGGGGAGAAGCCCUUUGCCUGUAAUGACUGCGGCAAGGCCUUCACCCAGAGUGCAAAUCUCAUCGUGCACCAGCGAAGCCAUACUGGCGAGAAGCCGUACGAGUGCAAGGAGUGCGGAAAAGCCUUCAGCUGUUUUUCACACCUGAUUGUGCACCAGCGCAUCCACACUGCGGAGAAACCUUACGACUGCAGCGAGUGCGGGAAAGCCUUCAGUCAGCUCUCUUGCCUCAUCGUGCACCAGCGGAUUCACAGUGGGGACCUCCCUUACGUGUGUAACGAGUGCGGCAAGGCCUUCACCUGCAGCUCGUACCUGCUCAUUCACCAGCGGAUCCACAACGGGGAGAAACCGUACACGUGCAGCGAGUGCGGCAAGGCCUUCCGGCAGAGGUCGAGCCUGACCGUGCACCAGAGGACCCACACCGGGGAGAAGCCCUACGAGUGCGCCAGGUGCGGCGCGGCCUUCAUCUCCAACUCGCACCUCAUGCGGCACCACAGGACCCACCUUGUCGAGAGCACGUAGAGGCCGAGGAAGACGCCCAGGCGCCGAUCGGAGCCUGCCCCGCCGCCGGUCAGACACCGCUUUGCCGUUUCCUUCCGCCUUUGCGAAGAUGAGGCCAGCUGUGUCCGUAAACGUAGCAGUUUUCAGGAGUGCGGCACAAAGCACAAGGCAAGCAUCUCAGCUACAGAAAAUGAAAACGAAGGCCUCGCGGCAAGGAUUUGGUUCUUAACUGUGCCCUCGGUGGUCACGUGGUCUGAGGUGGAACGUGGCUUUCUUAGAAAUGGUCAUACAGAGCUCAGCGAUAAAGGUAUUUUUCACUUAAUUUUGUUUUGUAAAGUUCUGGUAAUGUCUUUGAGCGACGGGCAGGUUCCUGGUGUGGGUCAGCCUGAUGGAUCCAGAGCUUUGAACCUUGUGUUCCAGUGUUGGGGCUUAAGCAGUGACUAGUUACGGAAACCACUUCGGGUAGCAAUUCACCAACAACUCACCUAUGAACAUUUAUAAGCUUUCCAUUCCCUAGGUAAUUAAAAAAACAAAACAAAACCCUACAGUCUUCUGCUUCUAAAAUGGAUGGAAGUAGAAAACAGCCGUUCCUCUCAUUGCCCGGACCUUGUGACCGUUGGUGUGGUAAAGUUCUUGGGACCUCGGACGAUUCUCUUCUGACCGUUUCCUGCUGCCUGCCCGAGCACGUGAGGACUGAUGGAGACAGCACGCUGGGGCCGCUAAUGCCUCUGGGCUGUGCCCCAUUGCCAAGAUCAACAACUUCUAGUGACUUACGCCCAGUUGCCGUUGCAUCCCAUUCUUAUGAGAGGCUGCUAACAGCCCCCUCCCAGACAGGGGAGUCUGAGAAUAAAGCUCCCUGGAGGCAUGCCCACGUUGUCUCUGCUCUCGUCCGGCGCCAGCCCAGCCGGGAGGGCGCAGCUUGGGUGUCACUGUCACUUUCUGGAUGGGCUUCAGAAGGAGUGGUGGAGCCCAUCUGCUUCUGAGAGGACCGAAGAGGGAGAUGAAAGGCGAGGGAGGAGGCAGGCUGGGAGUCCUAAGGUCUUUGUUGUUUUUUUUUAAAGUUCAGAGGUAUUGAAAUAUGAAAACUUUUAGAAGGAUGAAGAAAGUGGCUGAGGUAAGAUACCUGUGUUACCAUUGAGCCUUUACUCCCGGAAAAACAGUUUCUAAAACUAUGCAAUAGGUAGAGUUGUGGAAUGACACUGCCUUGUAUUUAUACAGAACUGGGUUCCUGGUCUGUGCGCCUUCACGUGUGGAGUCGUGGUUCCCGGCACUUACCUCCUGCUUUCACAUAGAUCGUUUCCCUAAUCCCUGUAACGGUGGAAGAGGUGUUUGCCCUUUUUACCAGAGAGAGGUCAUUUAACACAGGACCGAGGAGGAAGUGACAGCCUGUACUCAGACCCAGGUCCUAAACCAGGUUCCCUUUGUUCUGCCAUGUUCAUGCCGUGUCCCACCACCCUCUGUGCCGGAUCCAUGGGAGAGCCUGAGAAAGGGGUAUACAGUCUCGUUUUUAGGUGAGGAAGCUGAGGUGACAGAUUCUGGGGUGUGCCUUAGGCAGUGUGACCAGCAAGCAGCAAACCUAAGACUGGGGUUUGAGUCUCCUGAUUUCUGGGUCUGUCUCCACUCGGCUCUCGUCAUGUAAGUGUUUAUUGUAACGUGGUGUCUGGUGAAGGCAGUUGUGCAUAACAAGUCCAUGCAUUUAUUGUCUCAUUUCUACAAGACUGUUAAUUAACAUGGUGUUGUGUAGUUUACAGAGCACUUUCACAUACAGAAGGCAUACACAAGAAAGCUUCGUCACCUUUUUUCCCCUUUAACCAUAGCCUUUCAUCAAAACGUAUGUGACUUCUUUUCCCAUUUUCACUCCAAAUCAUGUGGACAUACAGAAAAGUCAGGAUUCAAAAGUAAGAAUGGAAAAUGCUCACGCCCUCACAGACCCUGGUCGUGACUCUUCCUGUCCCCCUGACUGGGAGUGGAGGGGCCCAAAGAUAACACCACAUGUCUCUUCUGAGAUUAGUGUAACAAGUUAGGUUUCCCCCUGUGUGGUCAGGAGGCUCAGAAGAGAGGGAGAGCAGGUCUGAAGAUUUGGGAUCUGUGACCUUGGCCCAUGCUUUCCUGAAACGUAUCAGCUAGGACCUGUGACCAUUAAGACGGUUAAACUGUUCAAGCUUCAUGUUGUAUACUCAUCCACAUAAUGGAAUACUCAGCCAUGGAUGGUGGCGAUCUCCUGGCUGAAGAUUUCCAUUCAUAGGGAGUUCAGAAGAGCCAGGUGAUUAUGAUGGAAAGCGGGGUUUGGGCAUCACUGACCCAACCUUGCAGUAAAGCAGUGGCUUUUUAACCUUGGCUGCAUGUUAGAGUCAUCUAGGACACUUGAAAAUUUUUCCAUUCCCAGGCCCCAGUGUUUUUUUAAAUCUGUAGAAGACCCAGUGUGCAUCCAGCUUACGGAGCCACUGCAGUCUGAAACCUGCGGGCCGCAAAUGUGUGUGACCAGAGGCUGGGGGCCUCCAGUGUAAAGAUCCGGGUGUGUGGGGUAUCGGGGCAGGUUCGGUAUUGGCUGCUCUGCAUCCUCCUUUGCUGCUCACGACGCUUGGCUGCUAGGACUCUGUAACCUAACUUACUUUAUUUGUAUUUUAGGUGAAUAUACCAAACAUUUUAUUUAUAUAAGCAAACCAAGUUCUACAUAACAUGCUCUUAUUUUCCUCAUUCAACAAAGUGGCUUUUUACAUUUCUGCUUGUAUUUCAUCUCCAUAUCUGGGUUUCUGCAAAUCUGCACCCAGCUUCAGGACCCCUGUCCUGCACAAAUCAUGGGAGCCUAGUAGAUGGUUAGACAGGUCAGAUCCUUCUCCAACUCAUAACAGCUCUCUCUCGCAAUUCCAUCUCAGCCCUCAAAAUAAAUUACCACCCACGUGUUUCUGUAGGGCUUCUGAUGGGAGAGGAGCAGCUACCCCUUGUUGUCAGAUUUGGCUUAGGUUUUCCUUUUCUUUGGGGUCACCUCCCUUCUUUCUGGGCUGGGCUGGCUAGAAAUGGAUGGGAACUCUGAAGCCCCAUCUUCUUAAGUCACCAAGAGCUAUCAGACUUGAAGCUACAUUACGGACAGAACCAAGAAGUCUGUUUUUACCCUCGAAUGAGACCAACAGAGGUGUGUUAAGUGGAGCACAAGGGUGUGAAGGUGAUGAUGAAAUCACGUGUAGGUGUUUUGGGAGCAUGGGGGAGAGGUUUGCCAUCAACACCCCCACCCAACACAGCUGGCCGUGGACUCCUCAGGAGGCUGGUCGUUCCUCUGCUCUGGGUCCCCUCCCUUCCCUCGGCAGUCGUCCUUCCCCCGCUUCUGUCACUUCUCCACUUGUGUGCCUGAUCUUCCUGGGGUCGCAGCCCCUCUGAGAGUCUGAUGGAGGUGGUGGGUCCCCUUCAGGAGAAGCACGGUGCUCGGGCAGAUCCGUGCUCGUUUGUGGGGGCGUAUACGCUCCCUGAGGCCGCUGCACGGAGCCUGUGGAGCCGCACCCGCCGCCUGGGGCUGCACUGCCGCUUGCCUGCACUGCUGCAAAAUCGUGACUUAAAAAACGAGGUCAGUCUAUGGAAUCUCUAAAGAUGUUGCUCAGACUCCUAACCUUUUAAACCUUGCUUCUCCGGGAUUCCCUCCCUCAGCACGGACGGCAUUAUCCAGCACUCAGAGACCCAGGAGGCAUUUCUGGCUUCCCAGGUAUGGUGCAUCGAUUACAGAAACAGCGAUUGUGUACUCCCUCUGCGGCAAACAUGGUUCUAGAUCCUGGGGUGCCAGAGCAAACAAGGUCUACCAUACCCUCUUCUCAUGUCUCUUACAGGACAACUGUCUGGAUUCCUUAACACGAUCUGCUAAGCUCUUCACGGUCUCUUUCCAGCCUCCUGGCUUUCCUUCCCUCGCAGCUUUCCCCGCAGCUGGGGGCCUGCGCUGGCUCGUCUCUGUGCCUUCGCUCACAGCGUCCCUGGUGCCUGUGAUGCCUCGCCACCACUCCCCACGCAGCCCGGCUGCUUUGCCUGACUUUUGGUUUUGUUAAGAUUUGGCUCAAGCCCAUCUCUGGGAAACAUCUGACUGCCCUGUGGCCAAGACGUAUGUUUGGAAGUACAGACGCGUGUGAUCUGUGUAUCCAGAGUUUUACUUUAUGCUUUAAAGUGAAAAAAAACCUGGAUUCAGAAUUGUGUAUAUACUACAGUUCUCAUAUAAUGUUGUUACAUAUACUAUAUACUAUUUAAAAAGUAUAUAGAUAAAUUACCUGAAGGAAAUAUAAGCAAAUGUUAUAAAUGGUCAAGUGACUUGUUCACAGCCAUACAAAUGGUAAACUGCAGAGCUUGGGCUCAAACCCAGGUCCUAGGGAUACUGGAAUUGUGGGUGAUUAAGUGUUUUUUUAAAAGUAAUUUCCAUAUUUUUUAUAAGGCAAAAAAAUUUUAUCAUCAGGAAAAAUAAAUUAUUUAUUAUAAUUACAAAUUUAGUUUUGCUGUGUUAACUAUAAGCCGUGUCUCAGUUCUCCGUUUGUAGACUGUGGGGCGCACUCUCCUUCUGUCUCCUCCCCUUUUCCACCUCUGCCUCUGACAGUGUCCAGUCUAAUCAUUCCUGCAUUCUGCCCUGUAACCAGUGUUUGAUGCUUUGUUUAUCGACUUGUUCUGAAAGUUGAAAUAAACAGCACGAAUGUUAUUACGACUGUGUAAAUGUUCACUGCAGAUCCAAGUGGUUUAUUGCGAUUACGUAUCCUUUUUGGAGCGGUAUUUUGUUUUUACUGAAGUUUCCAGUUGUCUUUCUUUUCCCCUUGUACCUGUUGCUUUUAACGCAGCCUCAGUUAUUUGCAAAUUCUCCAUCCAGUUGGAUACUCCUUGAGUCCCCUUUUUCCUGUCUGUUUCCCUUCCAGAGACCUGCAGCCUCCUGCUCCAGUCUGUCCUUGAGGUUCUUUCUGCCUGCCUUUCAGUCGUUAACGCUGUGCUCCAGUGCGUCCUAAAUUCCCUGGCUUCCUCUUUGUCUGUUUACUCUCUCGUUUCACUGCAGCACUUCAAGUCACUUCCCAAGAAAGAGUACGUGGAAGGCAAAAGUUUCGAGUGCUUAUGUCUAAAUCAACUUUCUCUGCCCUCACACCUGACUGGUAGUUUGAUUGGCUCUGGAAUUCUAGGUUGAAAAAUUUCCCCCAAAGUUGGUAGACCUUGCUUCACUGACUUGCAGCAUCCACCGUUGCUAAUGAGAUGUCUGAUUCCAGUCUGAUUCUGAUUUCUUUGACGAUCCAUAAAUAGAAUUUACAUUACUGCGCUCUGCUUCCCCACCCCUUGGAAGCUUUUAAAGUCCCCUCUUUACCCUUGGUGCACUCUCUUCCCCAGUGUGCUCAGUGGGAUUUUCCAGUCCAGCAACUCAGGUACUUCUACUCUUGGAAAUGUUCUUGUUGUUAUGUGACACUUACCCUUUUUUUUUUUUCUAUUUUUGCUUUUUCUGGAAUUCUUGUCAGUUAAACGUUGGGCCUUCUGGUUUGAUCCUCAGUUACUUUCUCUGUUACUUCCAUUUCCUCAUCUCAUGCCAUUUUCUGGGAGAGUUCCCUGGUUAUUUUUCAACCUCUCCAGUGAAUUUUUUAUGUUGGCAGUUUAAUUUCUAAGAGCCUUUUCUUGUUUUCAGUUUGUUUGUUGUCUAUGGCACACUAUCCUCAUUUUAGAGACAUCUCUCCAACCUGACUAUUGUAAGGGUUUUCCUAAAAGUCUCUUCUGUCACCUGAAUUGUCAUAUCACCUUCAUUCCCCUGGCCUGGGUCCUUUUUUCUCUUGGUUUAUCUUGUUUCUCUCUUUAGAGACUUGCCUCAAAUGUGUUGUGAUCGUUACUGACACACGCACACUCACAGAUACACACGUGCAUAUAUGUAUACCGGGGUGUGGGGGAGGCGUUGGGAUUGGCUCAGUAAAAGGCUUCCCUCUGGAGUGGGUUGGUGGUGAGCGGGCUGUUUGCCUGGAGACCUCUCAAUGCCAGAAUGCAGAGAUCGUUUGGCUGGGGCGCUUGUAUUUUUUGAGCAAAAGAUUCUCUGAUGUUUUUGUCUGGGGUUUGGAUGAUGUAGGUGCUUCUCCGGGGGGGGGGGGGUGACGGGAAUCAAGUGCUAUGACAGGCUUGCAGUUACUGCCCUAUUUUUAGCCCCCCUUGCCCCCUCAUCGCACCUGGGGUUUCCGGGUCCCAGGUCGGCUGGAGUUUGGGAGGUAGUUCAGCUCCCUCCUUCCACUGUGUUGCCCUCAGCGGGUGUUUCAGUCUGUUCCUCCCUCCACCCAGCUUUCUCAGUUACCAUUUCAUCCAUUUUCCAUCUUCUAGAAAUUUGUUCCCUUUAAGCCUUCACUGUUAUUUAUGUGUUUUAAACCAUUUUAAUCCAUUAUUGUUUCAGGGGAAGCUAAACGAUUUUAAAAAGAAUGUUGAUGUCCUUUGACACAGUGGCACCACUUCUAGAAAGCACUCCUAAAAAUGAGUAUUUUUGACGACAAUUUAUAUACUAGUCAAUGUUAAUAUUUUACCAAAAAAUGGAAACAGCCCCCAGUGACUAACAAUAGAGGAAUGAUUACACCACAGUUGAUGGAAUAUUAGGCACCCACUAAAAAUCAUAAUUUAAAGAAUAUUUAGUGAUAUGAUAAAAUGUUCACAAUACUAUUAAAUGAAAAAUGCAAAAUACAAAAUGCAGUGGUGUGUGCAGAGAGCCCGGUUUCCUUAAAUGCACAUGCACAGAAGAGACGGCAGGAAAUAAGUACAUCAGGUGUUAAUAGUGGUUCCAUUUUCUUGCAUUAUCUCCAUUUUCUACAAUGAGCCUCAAUUACUUUUAUGAUCAGGAAGGGAAGAGUUAAUAAAAGAAAGAGAUCAUGGCUUGUUCGGAAUGGUAUGACUUUUCUUGUGGAGUGUGGAAGGGUCGGGGGGUUGGGGCAGCAGAAGAAGGGUCUGGGGAAAUAAAGCACCCAGUUAGCAAGGCCCAAAUGCCAGGCAGAGAAAUUCAGCUGAGAAAUAUAUGUAACCCCAGUGCUGGUGACAGAGUUGUGGCUGGAGUGUGGCGGCUCAGCUGGUCAGGGGAGAAAGGAUCCUCGCGACCAUACAGACAGCUUUCAUCAGAGUCCAAGAAAGACCGUGGGAUUCUGACUCCGGCAUGGGCAGCGGCCAGAGGAGAAGGGCUGGGUAAGAGAAGGGCCAGGAAUGACCAGGCCUUCGGGGCAGGGAAAAUCAGGCAGCAAAUUCCCAAGCCAGAAACUCAGGCUUCCAAACCCUGCGAGACCUGCCCUGUGACAAAGGGGGCCUGGCCCAGGCCUCUCUGGGCCUCUCUGGGCCUCCCUGGGCCUGCUCUGUGGCUGGCACUCCUGCAGUGUUGGAAAGGGGGCGGGGGAGGCCGGCUACCAGGCUGGCUCCCCAAGUUCGCCUGCUGGGCCAGUAGCAAGGCUGUAACUGCUCCCUGGUUGAGGAGUUCCUGUGUGCCAGACACCAUGAUGAGCGCCAGAUGUUUUUUAUCUCAUUUAAUUCUUGCCCAAGGCGGAAAGCUCUCUUAUCUUCAUUUUCAAAGUCAGCAGUCACAGUCAGGAUUAGAAUAACUGAGGCCAAAGCUCGAGCUCCUUCCCCAGUGUGCCCCAGGAACCCCUCUCCUCAUCUGAAAGUGCUUUUUUUUUUUUUAAACCUGGCACUAAGCUCUAGGUUCACUUUUUUAAAGGACUAUUUAUUUACUUAUUUUAUCAUUCCAUUUAUUUUUAUUCUUUUCAGGAGGGGCAAGGUAAUUAGGUUUAUUUAUUUACUUAUUUUUAAUGGAGGUUCUGGGAUUGAACCCUGGACCUCAUGCAUGCUAAGUGUACACUCUACUAUGCUCUCGCCCUUAAAAGUGUGUUGUUAAAUUAGAAGAGUGCUUGCCUGUGGUUAAAAAUUUCAGUGGUACCGAAGCAAACAGUGAAGAGGUCCUCUCUCUUCCAGACUACCCCAGAUAGGAGCUUCCCAGAGAUAACUGUUGUCAAUGCCUUGAGGGUUCUUCCAGACAUGCAUUUACAAUCACGCAUUCCCCUUUAAAACACACAACACACAUGAGCUUAGGAUACACACUGUCUAUACUUUUAUUUUUCACUUAGUGCGUCUUGGAGAUGGUUCAUGUUUAGCCUGUAAGAUCUAUCUCAUUCUUUUUUUCCACUGCUGUGUGAUAUUCUAUUGUAUGGAUGUACCAUGAUUCAUGUGGCAAGUGCCCUGUUGGUGGCCACACAGGUUCUUUUCUAUCUUUUGCUGUUCCAAUGCCUUGCUGAAUAUUCCAGCACACUGUCCCUGAUAUGUGUACAACUUUGUCUGCAGGAUAAAUUGAUACCGGGUAGGUGCAUUUGAUAUUUGGAUAGAAAUUGCAAAUGCAAUUUCCCAGUAUGUGUAUGAAAAUGCCCAUUUCCCCGAAUCCUCCAUAAAACUACACUUUAUCUUUUCUGAUCUGGUAAAGGAAAAAUGCUCUCAUGUUUUAAUUUGCAUUCAGUUAUGAGUGAAACUAUAUAUCACGUCUUGUGUUCAAAAGCCAUGUGUAUUUCCUUUUUGUGUGAAUUGCUUGUUCAUGUUCUUUAAGCAGUCUUUCUGUUGGGUUGUUGACCCUCUUAAGAAUUUAUUUCUACCAGUUCUGUACUAAAGAAAUUACUCUUCCCA